CGGCCAAGAUGGCGGCCCCCGUGCCACAGGCGCGCAACCUGCUUAGGCUGGCGGCGACCCUGGGCCCGGGAUCCCGUGGCUACCGGGCGCCGCCGCCCCCGCGCCGCUCUCCGGGGCCCUGGUGGCCAGACCCGGAGGAUCCGCUGACUCCGCGCUGGCAGCUGGGCCCGCGCUACGCGGCCAAACAGUUCGCAAGGCACGGCGCCGCCUCCGGGGUGGUCCCCGGUUCGCUGUGGCCAUCGCAGGAGCAGCUGCUCGAGCUGGAGGCUGAGGAGCGCGAAUGGUGCCCGAGCCUGGCGGACAUGCAGGAAUCGCUGCGGGUGCAGCAGCUGGCUGAGGAAGAGAAGCGGCGGGCAAGGGAGCAGCUCAUUGCAGAGCAAAUGGCCAAGAUGCCACAGAUGAUCGAGAACUGGCGGCAGCAGCAGCGGGAGCGCUGGGAGAAGGCGCAGGCAGACAAGGAAAGGAGGGCCCAGCUGCAGGCAGAGGUGCAGGAGCGCCUGGGCUACCAUGUGGACCCGAGGAGUGCCCGCUUCCAGGAGCUGCUACAGGACCUAGAAAAGCAGCAGCGCAAGCGCCUCAAGGAAGAGAAACAAAGACAGAAAAAGGAGGCGCGAGCUGCUGCGAUGGCUGCUACUAUAGCCCAGGACCCAGCGGCCUCUGGGGCACCCAGCUCCUGAGCUUUGUCCUUUCCCAAUAAAGCCUGUUGUGUGACAGCACCCCA